UUUCCGAUCGCAACAACAACAACGCAUUUUGUCAUCUAAUCGGAAUUAAUUAUUGACUGAGAGAUAACAGCAUGCAUCGACGCGUCGCCGUACCGACUACGGCCUGGCCUAGAUUGCGAGAUUUGUUUUUAAUUGAGUGGCCGAAGCAUAUUGUGCCGUACUCCAUGCUGCAAAACUAUAUAAGUUGGAAUGAGAAGGAUCCGAGCUACGUGCGACAAAGUGUUGAAAUUUAUUGUCUGGAUGCGGAUUGGGAGGAUGGCACGUUUUAUCUAGUGAACGAUUCGUAUUUGUUUUUUCACACACUGGAUAGCGAUAAUGCUCGUUUGGAGUCGUUACUGUUGAUGUCGCUGGAUAACUCAAAGACGUAUCGAUGUCGAUGUGUGUAUGACAGGCACUUGGCGUUAUUGAAUCGAGUUGUUCAGCGACUUGGAAUGGAGAAAUCCUAUGAAAUGGCUUGUUAUUUGGUGCAUAUGCCACGUGAAAUUGCUCUCGAUUGGGAUCAUUUGGAUCCUCCUGAAGGAAUCAUUUUCAAACCUUUGACUCCAGAUCAUGCCAAAAUCAUCGCUCCUGUCUAUCCUUUAAGAGAUCAAACCUCACCCGGUAUGUUUGAACGAAUAAUUCGUUACAACACCUCAUUAGGAGCCUUUGACGAGGAAACUGGCAAUCUCGUAGCUUGGUGCAUGCAAUUCCAAUCUGGCGAAAUGACAGCUUUGCAAGUUGUCGACAAAAAAUGGCUCCGUUCGUACUUGGGAAGUGUUUUGACAGCUUGCGUUGGUCGCAAACUUGCCGAAUUAGGAUUCGAUUUGUGGGGCAUUGUCGCUUCAAAUAACGAUCCUCCACAAAAACUCAUUGCCAGAUUUCGCGAAACGGGCGUCAAUGUCAUCGGAAUGAUGCAUCACGUCGUGUUCGAGCCAAAAAGGAGUAAAUUGUGAACUCAUUAAAUGAGACAAAAGAUUUUUUUUAAUUUACUUACUUUUAUGGUGCGUCGUUAAAAAAAGUACAUAAACAGCGUUCCUCUUGGAUGAGUUUCUACUUUUUUUUUUAAAUUUUUAUGAUACGCUGAUGCUUCAUUUAAUUGCUGCGCCAUCGUUAAUAAACACGGGAGAGCGUUAAUUUCAGGUUAAAAGACGUCUGCUCGCACUGGAUUUAUGUAGAAUAUCAUGUCAAGUGAUUCAAUUAUUAUUAUUAUGAUGUUAAAGAAAACAUUAAUUUAGUGCGUUUUUUUUUCAUGCGCAUGAAUUUUUUCUUUCUUCAUUUCCGAGAAGCGAUUUGUGCCAGCAGACGAAGACGAAAGCUUUGGAAUCGAUAUAUUUCAUGCUAAAUUUGCCUCACUUUUCAAAGUCAAGCCUCAUGCAUUCAACAUACAUGGCAACAAGAGCGAAGGAAGCCCUACAAAACAAAUGUAAGCUAUGACUUUGUUGAUGCGGCUCGGUAUCGGCAUAUCGACAUAUAAUAUUACACUUUCUACAAUUUUUAUGGGUUUUUGUGCAAGCAUUAAAUAAAAUUAGUGAAAAAGGGUCUCGCCCCCCUUUGUACCUUAUGUAUAUUGAGAAAAACUGUAGUUUCGCAAAAAUAAAUUGUGAAAUAUUUUAAAUGAUAU